AUGACCUCGGAAAUAGCCGUUGCCUUGGUUCGUCCACCGCUGCAGGCUGGCGCGAAUCCUUCCACCUCCAUGGCGGCGUUGAUGCACACGAAUAACGAGCCCAUCACCAUCUCCAAUUCCAUUACCGGCACCACCGCUUCCAUCGCGAGCCCAGAGUCCAUCGCUUUUCUCAAACCACCGGGCAAACAAGAAUCCAACCUGAGCUCUAUCGCCAGCGCUGGCUUGCACGUCUCGCGAUCACAAUCCUCUCAUAUGGCGAGUUCCGCGGCAGUGCCGGCGGAUCGGCCGGUCGACCAAGUUAGAGAAGCUGAACGAAACAGCUCACAGGUGGCUCGCGAAGCCUUGGGGGCCAGCGAGAAAUCGCCUGCUCCGUCAAUCCACGAGCCCUCAGUCCAUGCCUCUCCAGAGCAGAUGCAGGUCGACCCACACCCGAACGAUACAUCAUCGGAUCCGUACGGAUCAGCAGAUCACAAUCAGGGCUCUUUAAUGCAUACAUCCACGGUCGCCAGUCCAGGUCCCAUUGACGAGUCCAUGCAAGGUGGAAACCGAUCUCGCCCGCGAGAGGACACAGAGAUCGACCAAGAUAGCAACAAAGCCUUUUCGUAUCCCAUGCCCACCGGUGGAAUCAACGACCCUCGUCGAGGACUGAGUUUGCCUACCUCCGGUUACAACAGAGGCGGUCCUCGCUCCCCUUCUGCGAAAAAACACCGCUGCCCCUACUGCGCAACCGAGUUUACUAGGCAACACAAUCUCAAGAGCCAUCUUCUCACCCACAGUCAAGAAAAGCCGUUCGUUUGCCAAACCUGCCAGUCCCGCUUUCGCCGACUCCAUGACUUGAAGCGACACACUAAGCUGCACACUGGCGAACGCCCACACACCUGUCCCAAAUGCGGGCGACGAUUUGCUCGUGGUGACGCACUCGCGCGACACAACAAGGGUCAAGGCGGAUGCGCUGGUCGGCGAGCAAGCAUGGGAAGUUUCCAUCCAGAAGAUGAUUAUGUCGACGGUCAACAUCCAGAUGACGGAAUGGAUGGAGUAGUCUAUAUGGAGCCGGAGCGCAUGGACGAGGAAGAUGAGCGACGGCUCAAUCUUCCUAAUAUCCGCCGGCACGAGACUGAUCAACUGGGUCCAUCUGAUUCUCCUCACGCUGCUCGCCAACCCAGCACUUAUCCGCCGAUCGCCGCGUACCGUUCGAGUCUUCCUCUACCUGCAGGCACACAAGGUGGCUCGGGUACAUCACCGGCAGCGGCCGCACAGCCCACCAACCACACCUUCCCGCCCGCAGGGCACUCGUCGGGGACCUCCAUUUUCCCACCCUCGACCGUCAGCGACAGCCCGAGGCCGCUCUCUCCGAAUACUCUAUCACAACACGACCCCAAUGCACAGGCCCCACACACAACUCACUCCCCAGGACUGGCCCAGUCGCUACCGCACCCGCAGCCAUACGCCCGAACCAGCCAGUCCUCCGCGCCCAACCACGCCCCGCCAGCCAUCGGUCUUCCACCACCUCAAGCCGGGGUGCAUCUGCCUCCACCCGUCAUCAGCUCUCCACAGACACGGUUCGACCCCCAAACCACCGCCAAGCACACACCUAGCUCGCACAGCCACUCCGGUAGCUACGGGUUCCCGGCGCCCAAAGUCGGAUUUGAUGGCGCAGAGUCCACGGGCGGUGAUAUCGAGAAGCUUUGGGCAUAUGUGCACGACAUGCAUAAGGAGUUGACAAGCAUGCGCACCGAAGUGGCAGCUCUGCGCGCGCACAUUGCAUCGACGAAUGCGCCAGCUGCUCCCGUGCCGGUCGAGGUAAAUCAGACCAACCCCGGUCCGCGAUGA